AUGUCCCCAUCCCUGCGCCGACUAAUGAAAGAAGCCGCCGAGCUAUCCGCCUCGCCUUCCCCACACUUCCACGCUCAACCUGUCUCCGACUCCAACCUCUACGACUGGCACUUCACAAUCGCUGGUCCCCCCGCUCCCUCACCCUACGCCUCAGGAAUCUACCACGGCCGCAUAGUCCUGCCCCCAACGUACCCGCUUCGGCCUCCGAGCUUCCGUUUCCUCACCCCCUCCGGGCGCUUUGAAGUCAAUCGGGAAAUCUGUCUCAGUAUCUCGGGGCACCAUGAGGAGACCUGGCAGCCUGCGUGGGGGAUUCGGACUGCGCUGCUGGCGAUAAGGAGCUUCAUGGACGGAGAUGCGAAGGGGCAGGUCGGCGGCUUGGAUGUCUCGGAGGAGGUGAGAAGGGAUCAUGCUCGCCGGAGUGGAGCUUGGUGCUGUGAGGUUUGUGGGAAGAGCAACGAGGCCAUUCUAGGGGAGUGGAGGGAUUAUUGCAAGGAGAACGGGGUGGAGGUUGGGAAUAUGGGCGAUGAGAGAGUUGUCCGUCCUGUGGCUAAGGAGGAGGGUGAGAAGGGCGAUGCUGAUGCGACUCAGUCCGAGAAGAUCGUGCAGGAUAAGCCCGUGGCCGUAUCACAGGAGUCAGUGCAGCAACAGUCAGCUCCGGAAGAAGGUGUUCAGGCUGUGUUUGCUCCUUCUCCUCCUACUUCGUCUCUCGCUACUUCUACGCCGGUACCGGGAUCAGACGCGCAAACACAUUCGGCCGCCGCCGCCGCUGCUCCACGUCAACCUGCUGCUCCGUAUCCCGCGCAGGCUGUUGCUUCCCAGCAGUCCGAGGAUCCUUGGCUAGACCGAGCUAUUAUCGGUGUGGUGGUUGCGCUGGUGUUUAUGAUUCUUAGGCGAAUGGCUUAUUCGGAGGAUUAG